AUGAAGGCGCUGAACAAAAUCCGGAAGAAUAUCGCCGGGGAUGGCGUCGAAGAGGACACAGCGCGGGCUGUGGAGCCGGAGAUGAAAAUCUCCAUUGUCCGGGUCAAGGCCCAGCCGCGGAAGCACAAGGUGAUCUCCUAUGGAUACCGGAAGCUGGUGGAUGGAGAGGUACCAGAGAUGUACCGCUUCCAGUACUUGCCAGACCCGGAUUUGCCAGAGGAUUUGCACCCCGGCGUCAUCCCAGCCGGCUUUUCAGCCUGUGUGCCUGUGGACCAAGAUAUGGUCUACUUUCACACUCGGGAAGGUGACACUGGCCCAGAGUACCAGGUCGUGUACACUCAGCCAGAUCCGGCUGGUGGUGAUACGCCUGCGCACUCCAUGGUCCUCGAGUGGACCAAUGAUGUAGAUGCAAUCUGGGUCGAGGCCCUCCAGCAGUUGGAGGACAACGCCGGCCUUUCCGAGGUAGAAGAGGUGGAGGGACCUCCACAGAUGACACCAGAGUGGUGGGACAUUCACUACUUGGAGACUCUGGAGAUUGUGGACACCUCUGCCGACCCUCGCAACCCAGACGCGCGACUUGGCUUGGGCCUCGAGGGCGGAAGCCUGGCAGAUGCCGGGCUACUGGAUGCAGCAGUGACCUGCGUUCAGAAGGCUUUGUGGAACAUCUCGACAGCCAGACCCAGGGUGCUGGUCAUUGGCUGCGGCCUUUCUCCGCUGGUCUUUGUUCUCGCAGAUCGCCUGCCGGUGGAUGCAAGCUGCUUGGAAUUGUCGCCCAGCUUGCUGGAGAGCCUGGAGGCCAUGGCUUCCCCACUGCCGCGGCCCCCGAGCUUCGCACAGGGCGACAUCACGGCCCCAGAGGCAUCCACAGACGAGGCGUUGAAACCCAGCUCCUUUGAUGUCAUUGUCGAUGAGAAUGUGCUGGAUGGCAUGGCGUGCCGCUUUCCCAUCAGCGUGGGAAUCGCCUCGCUGCAGCAGGCACUUCAGGGCAUCACCUGGCUACUGCAACCAGCAGGGCGUUUGGUCACGAUCUCUUUUGCACCACUGGCGGCUGACCCCUACUUGGACUCCUUCUACGAUUGGGUUCUUCAGCCAGGCUGCGCGCUUGACCCGCUGCACGCAGCGAGUUGGGGCAAGCGGCACUCCCCGCACUCUCGACAGCAUGGCGCUGCAAAGAGUGCCGAGACAUGA